GUAAAAUUUAGUUUUACUACGUAAUGUACCUAGAAAUCAUUGACGGAUACUAUGGCCUUUUAUUGUUGCAAUAAUAGGUAAGUAAUCAUUUACAAGCUAGCCAGAUAAGGCAAAACGAUAAAUUCCAAUAAACUGUACGCCCGAGGAAAAUACGAUAAAUGCUAUCAAGAGUGUUGCUGAUACUACGACAAUCCUUAUCAUCAGAAGUUCAGUGGUUGGCCGUCUGCAUACCUGAGAACACACAAUAUGGCUGAAUAUCGCGCUGGAAAAGCGGGGAUCAACGCCGACGCCCAGGCGCGUAUCAACAGCAAGUACAACGACGAUAUCGGACACGAAAUACUCGAGUGGGUCAAGGUGCUGACUGGCGAACCCGCCGACACCACUGGGAGCGCCGACAACAUCUACGAAGUCUUGAAAGAUGGCACGCUCCUCUGCAAACUCGUCAACGCGAUCCAAGAAGGUUCGGUGAAGAAAAUCAACCAAUCAACCAUGGCGUUCAAGUGUAUGGAAAACAUCAACGCUUUCUUGGAAGCGGCGAAGAAGUUGGGCGUGCCCCCGCAAGAGACUUUCCAGACCAUCGAUCUUUGGGAGAAGCAGAACCUGUACUCGGUUCUGAUCUGCCUGCAGUCUUUGGGUAGGAAAGCGGGCAACUAUGGCAAACCGUCUAUCGGACCCAAGGAAGCUGACAAGAAUGUCAGACAAUUUUCCGAAGAACAGUUGAAGUCCGGCCAGAACGUCAUAUCGCUGCAGUACGGAACGAACAAAGGCCAGCAAACCGGCAUCUCCUUCGGUAACCGACGCCAAAUUUGAGUAUGUGAAG